CGUAUCGAUAGUAAUGAUUGCAAUGUUUUGGUAAAUGUGUGACACAUUUGGCGCACAACUCAUAAGUCAUAACUGUUUUGAUAUUUGUUUACAUUUGGAUUGCAUUUAAAUUAUCACUUGAUUUAAAUGUCGACCAAUUAUAUGGUGACCACUGAUGGACACCAAUUGACGGACACUACAAGACAUGCAAAGUGUGUCAGAUAUCGGCGAAAAAGCAUAUUUGAGGCAAAACAGUGGUCUUUCGAGGAAAUGUCGACUUUGAUGAACAUCUGGUCACGUCUUGAAAUGAACUCAUAUGAGACCAAACAAAUGAUGUAUAAAUAUAUUCAAACAAAACUCAAGAGAUUUGGUUACAACAGAAGUACGGAUCAGAUUCGGUGUAAACUAAGACGAGUCAACCCUACGACCGAUACUGUCGUCGAUGAAAGUCUUAAACCAUCUGAACGAUCACGAAGUGUGUCCACAAAUUAUCAACAGUUUGAUGACAAAACUGAAAGCGAAACUCUUUCAGACACUAACAGUACAUCUGAUGACGAGUCAAGUCUUACCUCAUUUUCUGAAGAAGAAAUCGAUUACGACAUUAAACUUACCGAAAGUGAAGACUCAAAUGACUCACAAUUUAUGUUAUUUAACCCAUCGUUUGGCUCUGAGAUUGAUUUUAAAAGUGAUAAACCAAAAUCUCUUGUUUGUGAAAACUCACAAUUUUUAAGACAACAAUUAGUUAUUAAUAACAUCGAAGAACUUAAAUCCAAUACUCAACAAACUUUUCAUCAAAUAAUUUCGGCUCAAAAACAGCUCAAAGAGUCGAUCACAAAGUUUAACUCAGAAUUGUCGAGAAUGACGGACCAAAUACUUAAUAGCAAUGAUAAUCACAGUCUAAACACUUCUAGUCCUAAAUCAUUACUAAAGGACAAGUCUAUAGAUGAAGUACAACGAAAACCAAUUAAACUAUUGAUACCUAAUAUUAAUAAAAAUUAUUGUAUUUAUAUGAAUGAUAAUUAAAUAAAGA